GGAUGUGGGAGGGACGGCCGCAGCGGACUCAGCGCGAUCGCGGGGGCGGGGUGUCUCCAGGGAGAGAGGCCCGGCCUUGCAGGAGGCUCCCAGGGGGAAAAAAGGUGGAGAGUCCGAGGAGAGCCCCGUCUCCACCCUAUCCGGCCGCAUGGGCCCAGCACAAAGUGACAGUUGCUAUAGGCAACCAGCCAGAGUGACCAAGUGGUCCCGGUUUUCCUGGGAUGGUUCGGCUUUAGGACUGAGGCAUCCCUGGCCUUCGGCCCCCGCAGUGACCCUUUUCUGCCUCCCCUGCUCCCCUCCUUCUGGGGUGCCACCCCGAUUAGACCUGGGACGCUAAAGGAGGCCUGGCCUUUUACACCACAUGUUUUGUGUUAGGGUGAAGACACCUUCCACGACACGUUGCCAGCCAGACCCAAACAUGCCGGUCCUUGUAAGGUAAACACUUCAGUGGGAGCCUCCCUCCUUUAUAAAGAAGCCUGCCGGUGGGACAUCUGUUUGACCUAAUCAGACGGAAGGAUGAAAGCUUUACACAGGAACACCACAUGAAUGGAAGAGAACUGUCAUCAUGCAGACAGUACGGCACUCUGAACAGACACUCAAAACAGCUCUAAUCUCAAAGAACCCAGCACUUGUGUCACAGUAUGAGAAAUUAGAUGCAGGGGAGCAGCGUUUAAUGAAUGAAGCCUUCCAGCCAGCCAGUGAUCUCUUUGGACCCAUCACCUUGCAUUCCCAGUCAGAUUGGAUCACCUCCCAUCCUGAGGAUCCCCAAGACUUUGAACAGUUUUUCAGCAAUCCUUACAGAAGGACACCAUCUCCAGAGAAACACAGUAUUUAUAUACAGUCCAUUGGAUCUCUAGGGAACACCAGAAUUAUCAGUGAAGAAUAUAUUAAAUGGCUCAAGGGCUACUGUGAAGCAUUUUUCUAUGGCUUGUCAGUCAAACUCCUAAAGCCUGUUCCUGUUUCUGCAACAAGAUGUUCCUUCAGAGUCAAUGACCACACACAAAACCUUCAGAUCCAUGCAGGGCACAUCCUGAACUUCUUAAAAAAGAGGAAACCUGAGGAUGCCUUUUGUGUUGUGGGGAUAACAAUGAUUGACCUUUAUCCAAGAGACUCCUGGAAUUUUGUCUUUGGACAGGCCUCUUUGACAGAUGGUGUGGGGAUAUUCAGUUUUGCCAGGUAUGGCAGUGAUUUUUAUAGCUCACACUAUGAAGGCAAAGUGAAGAAGAAGCCUCAGAAAACUUCAAGUGACUAUUCGAUUUUCGAUAACUAUUAUGUUCCUGAAAUAACUGGUAUUCUGCUACUUCGAUCUUGUAAGACUUUAACCCAUGAGAUUGGACACAUAUUUGGACUGCGCCACUGCCAGUGGCUCCCCCCCCCCCAGGGCUCCAACCACUUGGAGGAGGCAGACCGGCGCCCUCUCAACCUCUGCCCCAUCUGUCUGCGCAAGCUGCAGUGCGCUGUGGGCUUCAACAUCGUAGAGCGAUACAAAGCGCUGGUGAGAUGGAUCGAUGACGAGUCUGCUGCCACACCUGGAGUGACUCCAAAGCAUAGUCGUGAGGAUAAUGUGAAUCUGCCAAAACCCAUUGACGCUUUUAAGGAAUGGAAAGAAUGGAUAAUAAAAUGCCUUGCUGUCCUCCAGAAAUAAGGACCUUCAAAUAGGAGCAACUAAAAUAAAUACUUGCAUAUCAUGCUUUUA